AUGGCAUCUAAACCGUCACAGUCAGCGUCACCGUCACCGUCAGCGUUUCUCAAGCCAAAGGCAUGGUACCGCCACGUCACGCUGGACGUUCUGCUCCUGAUCCUAGCGAACUCAGUCUUCCACCCGUGGAUCAGUCUUGUCUUCUACCUCUGCCUGGCGUCGAUCCACAAGCACCGCGAACCGCUCGCCCACUACACGCUGUACUACACGGCGGCGCUGGCGGUGGUGGAGAUCCUGGGCUGGAUCAACCACCGCAUCAGCUACGGCCGCCACCGCCGGGUGGAGUGGGAGAGCGAGGUGGCCAUCAUCACGGGCGGCGGCUCCGGCCUGGGCAGGGUGCUGGCGCAGCUGUUGUUGAGGAAAGGGGCCAAGGUGGCCGUGCUGGAUGUCAAGGGGCCCGAUCCCGAGGCUGAAGACGAGAUGGAACGCUGGGAUCUGCUCUGGGAGACGGUCGACCUGCGUCGUCGGGACCAUGUCGCCCUAGCCCUAGACAGGAUCGUCGAUCAGCUCGGGUCUCCUACGAUUCUGGUCAAUAAUGCCGCCACCGCCAUUGCUGGCCUCCCUCUGUUGCCGUUGUCUGGAAAGCUACCGUCUCUUUCCCCAGAGCAGGUCAGCAACACGCUGACGGUCAAUGCCGUGUCGCCCGUCAACACUCUCUCAUUGCUGCUUCCUCGCCUCACUGCCUCUCCCAAGGGCGCGCAUAUUGUCACCAUCUCGUCCAUCCUCUCUCAUCUCGCGCCCGCCCGCUUGGCAGAUUAUACCAUGUCGAAAGCCGCCGCCUCGUCUCUCCACCAGACGCUCUGCCAUGAACUUCGCAAUCACCCGGACCCUUCUGUCUUUGCCAGAGUAAAGACUCUCCUCGUCGAGACUGGGCAGCUCGACACCCAGCUGUUCGCUAACAAGACGUCCCUCCCAUUCUAUGCGAAUUUCUUCGCUCCGGUGCUAGAGGCAAAGGACGUGGCCAAAGAGAUUGUGCGCACCAUAGAGAGAGGAGAUGGCGGUGUAAUAAGGUCGCCGUUUUAUGCAAAGUGUGUGCCUUUCUAUAGCGUCUUACCAGGCACUCUGCAACUGUUGUUACGCCGGUUCAGUGGGAUCGACACGGCGAUUGGUGAGAGAUCUGACAGGUUCUGA